CAGGCUGGGGGGCGCCUGGGGCCCCGCGGGCGGCGCGGCCGUGACCUGGAGGGGUCCCCGAGGCUGGGUGCGGGUCCUUCCUGGGGCUGAGAAGUCCAGGUGCGGCCGUGACCUGGAGGGGUCCCCGAGGCUGGGUGCGGGUCCUUCCUGGGGCUGAGAAGUCCGGGUGCGGCCGUGACCUGGAGGGGUCCCCGAGGCUGGGUGCGGGUCCUUCCUGGGGCUGAGAAGUCCGGGUGCGGCCGUGACCUGGAGGGGUCCCCGAGGCUGGGUGCGGGUCCUUCCUGGGGCUGAGAAGCCCGGGUGCGGCCUGUCCCGGAGGGGUCCCCGAGGCUGGGUGCGGGUCCUUCCUGGGGCUGAGAAGUCCGGGUGCGGCCGUGACCUGGAGGGGUCCCCGAGGCUGGGUGCGGGUCCUUCCUGGGGCUGAGAAGUCCGGGUGCGGCCGUGACCUGGAGGGGUCCCCGAGGCUGAGUGCGGGUCCUUCCUGAGGCUGAGAAGUCCGGGUGCGGCCGUGACCUGGAGGGGUCCCCGAGGCUGGGUGCGGGUCCUUCCUGGGGCUGAGAAGUCCGGGUGCGGCCGUGACCUGGAGGGGUCCCCGAGGCUGAGUGCGGGUCCUUCCUGAGGCUGAGAAGUCCGGGUGCGGCCUGUCCCAGAGGGGUCUCCGAGGCUGGGUGCGGGUCCUUCCUGGGGCUGAGAAGUCCGGGUGCGGCCUGUCCCGGAGGGGUCCCCGAGGCUGGGUGCGGUUCCUUCCUGGGGCUGAGAAGUCCAGGUGCGGCCGUGACCUGGAGGGGUCCCCGAGGCUGGGUGCAGGUCCUUCCUGGGGCUGAGAAGUCCGGGUGCGGCCUGUCCCGGAGGGGUCCCCGAGGCUGGGUGCGGGUCCUUCCUGGGGCUGAGAAGUCCGGGUGCGGCCUGUCCCGGAGGGGUCCCCGAGGCUGGGUGGGGGUUCUUCCUGGGGCUGAGAAGUCCAGGUGCGGCCGUGACCUGGAGGCGUCUCCGAGUCUGAGUGCAGGUUCUUCCUGGGGUUGGGAAGUCCGGGUGCGAUUUCGCUCCUGGGGCUACCGUACAGCGCAGUGUGUUCACAACCGUGCAGUCGCAGUACCGACUCUGCCGGAACAUUUUCCUUCCUGAAAGUAAGCCCUGUGCCUGCAAAGCAGUCACUCCCCCAGCCCCUGGCAGCCGGCCAUAACUGCUUUCUGUCUGUGGACGGGUCUCUUCUGGAUUUUUUCAUCUAAAGAGAGUCACGCAGUAUUUGUCCAUUGGUGUCUGGCUUCUCCAUCAGCAUAAUGUCUUCAGGGUCCGUCCUCGCUGUAGUGUGUUUCAGAGCUUCGGUCCUUUUCGUGGCCGAGUGGUACUCCAUUGUGCAUUUAUACCACAUUGCCAUUCUCGGUUGAUGGACAUCUGGGUGGUUUCCACUUUGGGGCCGUUAUGAACAACACUGUAGUGAACGUUUGUGUCCAGGUUUUUGUGUUCUGGGCACGUUUUCCUUCCUCUCGAACAUACAUACAUACUUAGGAGUGGAAUCGCUAGGUGGUCUGCGCUCUGUUGUCAACCCUGGUCUCCUUUACAGCCCUGACCACACAGCCUGGAAAAGCCUCUAUUCCCGUGUGCAGACCUUUUGUAACUAAAUAUUAAAAACCCUGGGGGUGGGGUGGCUGUGUUACUGUAGCCUCCUAGUCAUUAACAUCCCUUCCAGGAUUCACUCAGUCCAACCAAAGCCCAACUUCAAUAGCUCGGCCAUCGUGCACUGAAAUUACGUGGUGUGAAGAGAUUGAAGAGAAGGGAGUUAAAGUAAAAGAAGCCGUUCUGUGAUGUCUGUGCAUUUGACUCAGAACUGGCUGGACCCAGGCUAGGUUGGUUUGUUUACUUUCAUUUGGUAAAAAAUUAAGUUGAUGCCAGAACAGAGAUCUCUUCACACAGCUCAGGAAAAAAAUUGGUUCUUUUUUACUUCCACGUCUAACUUGUGUUCUGACGUACCUGUUCGUGGCGACAUUAUUACACUAACUCACUGACAGAACAGUGUCACUUUCUCAGAGCCAAGGCUGUUCAGUCCCAGCGAGCUGCAGAAGGUCUGAGGUUGUUAGAACAGCCUGUCUGAUUGUAGCUACCCAUUAAAUUAAUUACAGCCCUGUAUCACUUAAGACUUUUAUAGCGUUCUUUUUUUUUUUCCCCCUGAGACACUUAAUCUAUAACAAUAGGCAACUAGCAAAUACAUGUUUCCAAAGCUGACAUUCAAGGGAAGGAUCAGAAGGGAGGAAAACCCCAAUUAAAGUGAAAUCGACCGAAAUAAUGACAGGUAUCUAGGCAGCCGAGUUCAGCUAGGGCCCAGAAAAGAACAGAUCGGGUUUAAAGAGCGCCCAGCCUGUAACAUGACGCGUUUACAAGUGACCCUCACCAGGCUUUCUGCAGUCAGCAUCUGCCACUGCUCCUAGAAACAGAGUCCCGGAUCCCUGCUGUGAAUGCCCUGUGCUCUCUGACUUCGGGCCCGAGAAGGCAUGGAACUUUCCUGUGACACUUCCCAGACUCACCAAGGCCAGGAGUGUCUUCUGCCCUCCUUGGGGGUUGUGGAGACGUGGAGCAGAGGAGAGGACAGGACUGGGCCCAGGCCACCUUCCUGCCUGCUGCCAAGCGGUACAGCUGGAGCGUCUCUUCCCCCAUACAGGUUUUUGCCAAAUUCCAGCUCUGUAUUGAUCUGCGUACACAGAUGGAAGUGUGCACUUACCACAGACGUGCAGCCAGUGUGAGCCUCUUUUGAGACAGGAAAUUUGACCCAAGUCACCUACCAUCCAAGGAUGAUCGAGGUGUCUUCAAAUGCUAAACCGUCUGAUGGGGAGAAACGCUCCCCUCACAACUCCAGAGUCGCCCCAAGAGGAGGAAAAGUUAACACUGCUAUAGGAGUCGAAGCAUGUCCAAGAGGUUGCAAGAUUAAAAAAACUAAUUGCUGCUUUCGGAAAUUCUAAUUUUUGGAAGGAUAUUUAGAGCUGGAACGCCUCCUUCACCGUGGUAUCCUUCUGCUGGUCCCAUCCCAGCUUCUCCAGCUUGGCACCCCCAGUCUGCUUCUGCUUUCUCCCCCUCCCCCAACUUCCAUGCCUCUGAGAGCCAUUCUGCGUCUGGGGGGAGGGAGCUCACGAACAGAUUAAGAGUUGGUAUAGCCCCCCAAGAGGGCGGGUGCCAUCUCCAUCACCCACUGGGGACACUGGCUGGGCACUGUGCCCUGAACAGGAAGACCAUGUCCCCCGCCAGCCCCCCAAUGCAGGGAGAUAAAAGCCCACCUUUUGUUAGAGGGCCGUAGACCCAUUUUAGCAUCAGUGUGGUGUGCGUACACUCUGAUGAGCUUGGGAAGGUGCUGCUGCUUCUCCCUAACCGGUAACUGGAGGCUGAGGUCAGGUGGAGCCACUAGAGGAAGUGCCUGCUGAGGAGAGGGCCCUGCCGACUGAGAUGGGCAGGCAGUCCUGGUCUAAAUGCUCACCGCGUAUGGGUGUGAGUGUGUGUGUAUGUGUGUGAGAGAGAGGGUGUGAAGUCCCUCCAGGGCAGGGCACCCCCUGGGGUGGGGUCAUUCCUCAUUGUCAGGCACCCUCUGCUGGAGGGGUGGUGGCAGCCAGCCCUGGCACCAACCAGGAACUCUGGGUUUGGCCAUGGGCCCAGGUAGGCCCGGAGCCGGCUGCACGGUGCAGGGUCUCCAUGCCCACCUGUGGGUGCAGAUGUGUUAGAGCCUGGCUGGACUUAUAGGUGGGAGGACCUGGGCAGGUACGCCGGGUGGGUUAGCCCCUAGAACCUGAGCAUCCUUGACCACCCACAGCUCUCAUCGGUGCCCCUGCAGAUGGUCUUCUGUCUCAGUGGAGUGUGUCACACCUUCUACUUCCUGGCCACGCUGCUGCUGCUGGUCUACAAAAGUCAGGUGUUCAGCUACCCUCAGCCUCACCUGAUCCUUGAUCUGGCUCUGCUGCUGGCAACGGGGGUACUGGAAGCUGCAGGGCUGUACUUUGGCACCAAAGGCAACCUGACAGAGGCAGAGGGGCCGCUGGCGGUGAGCCUGCUCCUGACUGGAGGCACUGCCCUCAUCUCCACCUACUUCCUGUGCUGGCAGACCCUGGUGCUGCGGGCAGACGCAGCCCUGGGUGCCACGCGCCUGGCACUCCACAGCCUUGAGGCCAUCCUGCAGGUGGUCACCAUAGCUGCCUUCGUCAGCUAGAUGGCAGGCCUGUGUCUGCAUCGCUCCCCCAGACCCCCCAGCAGCCCACCCGCUCCCAAGAAGAGCUUCCUUCUACCCCACCUGGCCAUCCAGCCGUCACUGCCUCUGGAACUGAAUGGGAAGGACAUUUUUCCCUAUUGAUUUGCCAUAUUUUCAUAUGGCCCUUUACUGAUUUUUUUUUUUGGUGGGGGGGUGGAGCAGAAACCAGGCAGAGCACAUGUUGGGGACUUGAGUAUUGGGGAUGGCCAGCAGGGAGGGCCAGGGACUUCCCAGUGAUGGACACCCCACUGGGCACUGUCUGUGGGGAACUGAAGGACAUCACUCGUUUCCUGUCCUGAUGCUGAGAAUCUGCUCAGGCGGAGGCCCAUGCCGGCCACCGAGGCUGAGGGAGAGAAUGGAGUGUUGUCAGGAUGAGGUAAAGGCAGGGCCUGCAGGCUGCGCCAACACCCAGGUGGGCACUUCCCAGACCAACGGGCAGCAAGGAUGGGCACACUUCUUCCCCUCCGGCCCCUCUGCGCAUCUCUAAUUCUGUGCCUCUCCACGCUCGCCCUAAUUUGCAGCUCCAGUUUUGAGGCCCGUUUACUCGGAGUUGCCAGGCCCAGCCAGGCACGGGGUCAGAGCCAACGUCCCCCACCCCGAACCCCAGAGAAGGCGCUGUGCCUCUGUUGGGGGCACUGGGACAAGGCUGAUUCAGGUCCUUGGGUGCCAGGUGGGUGGACAUCUGCUCAUGCUCAGCCCAGCUUGAAGCAGUGGCAGCAUGCUCUUCUUCCCAAAACAGAGAAAGAAAUGCAAAACUCCAUGCGGUUUUAACCACAGCCUCAAUGCCUAUCCUUUCCCCCUGGGAAAUUCUGAAAAAAAUGCUGGUCUCAAGAGAUGAAGGUGGAGAGUGGAGGCAGUUAGCACCAAGCACAGCUCUCCGUGGCCCGGGAUGACCAGAGGGAGAGCUAGCUGCUUGGGCACCCAGGGCUUCCCGACGGAAUUUCUGACUCUAGACUGGUGAGCAUCAGUACCGUUCAUUCUUAGUACCGGACCAGCGAUGUCUCUGUGAGUUUCCCAUUCGAAGCCUUACUGCAGGUGCUCCUUAAAAAGUGUGGAGCUAACCUUUCCUAGUCUCUUUCCUUUGUCGUUUCUAUUGUGAGCCUUCUCCGUUUGCAAUAACGUUGUAUUUGGAUAUCUGGAUAUUUUCUCUUCCUCGAGUAUUUUUAAAUAAAGAAACGUUUGUACCUCCUGAAUUGCUCCUAAGUAAGGCUGCACCUCCCGGCCUGGCCACACACCCAGCCCCAGGAGCAGCACUUCCCCCACCUGGCUGCAGGGCCAGGCCUCCCACCCUGUGCCCACCUGGGGUGGCCUCUGCCAGUAGCAGCGUCCUUGGGUCACCUUUGCUGCUUUGCCCUUCCUGUGGGAGCAAGUGUGGCCUGGGGUCUCUCUACCACCUGCCUCCUGCCAUGCUGCCUGGGGUGUGCCCCAGGGACCCUGUCCACCUGUAGAGACCACAUGAUUGCUGCUUCCCACACCAUCUGUGUGCCCGCUCAGUGGAGGGAGCAGGAAGUGUCAGGUGUACGGGAGCACCUCCUCCCUCUUGCCCUGUAGCUAGGGUUCUCACCACCCUGGCCUGGCUGUUGGGGGCAUCCCCACCACUUGGCUGGCUCUGGGUGGGCGUGGUGGUGCUCCAAGGGUGCUCUUUGCGUUCCCGCAGACCCGGGCGAGCUUGGAGACUUCGGGGUUAACAACCUCCCAUCCACUCCCACCCCUCCCCCCAUGCAGACACCAAGGCUCCAGACAGGUGGUGCUCACCUAUGCUACAGGCGACACCAAGGCUUGGGCAGUGUAUGGCCUGGUCUGCAGCUCCUGCAAGGCAGGGGUCUCAGCUCGCUGCCUCCUGAGAACAGGCUCACUGUAUGGGUGUCGGGAGAGGAGUCAUGCUCUGCUGUCCCAGUGCUUGCUCUCCUACCUGCUGGCCAGGUGCACACACUUCCCUAGAGGCUCACCUUCCCACGCGCAGAGUGAGAGAGGGCAGGGUAGACUGUGGACCCUGGAGCGCGGACCAGGAUGGUGAGAGUCAUUUGGGGCAUGAGCUGUUUAAGGCACUCAGCCAGGAACCAGGCCAGUGCUCAGGUGGCACUGGGCCAAGAGGACAAGGCCUGCUUCUUGCUGCCCACACCCACCAAGUUCACUGUGAUGCCCCAGGGUGAGGCCUGGAGGACGGCCGUCGGGUUUGGCAGCCGCAGGAAAGGGCAGUCCCAGUGACAGGCAGACAUAUGUCGUCGUUGCCUGGGGGACCCAGGGAGCCAGCCCCAGGGCACACGUGCCAACUUCCCUGCCCUUCUGGGCUCACCUGGCCCCAGCCCCUCAUGGCCCUCCCUGUGUUUAGUGGCCUUUUCUGCUCCCCCACCCCAAGAACAAUCACCAGAGCCUUUGGGUCCCCAUGUGGGCCUGGGGGAGCCUGCCACACUUUCUCCCUUCCUCCUCACCCCCUACCAAUGUUAUCUACCCAUUUCUGCCUGGCUCUGCCUACACCAAGGAGGGCACCAGCUCUGUGGUCCCAGCAGCUGGGGUGGGCAGGGACACUGGGUAGGUCAGGGCUGCCAGCCUGCCUGCAGCCUAGGGGCCAGGGGCUGCUGAGAGCAGUUCAGAGGAGAAAGGGUGGAAUGGAUGAUCCUGGCCACUCACCCCUGCCUCCAAACUCCAGGCUAGAGUGUGGGGUCUGGGCCUAAGGAAAGGACACCUAUCCCAGAAGGAGCCCAGAGCUCCCCUCCCUAUCUGCUCCCGGCCCUGGGACUCAGGACAAUCUGGGCCACAGGUGCCCACACCCUCCCAUCAGACACCCCUAUCCUCCAGGGGUGCCCAGGCCAGGCUGGGGGCAGGGCAAAGAGAUUUUAGAAGCUCCUGGAUAGUGAAUGCGUACCUACCCCCCAGAACUCCAAGCCCACUGCCCCUAGGGAUC